AUGUUACCGGCUUCAACGUCCAUACCCCCGAUAGAUUGGUCCUUGUACCUCGUCACCGACUCUACACCUGCAAUCCUCGGGGGGAAAGACCUGGUCCAGGUCGUUGACCAGGCUAUCCAAGGCGGAGUUAGCAUAGUCCAAUAUCGAGACAAACAUGCCGAUACCAGGCUAAUGAUUGAUGUUGCCACCAAACUUCACAAUGUGACUCAAAAAAACAACAUCCCUCUCUUGAUCAAUGAUCGGCUUGAUGUAUGUAUGGCCGUGGGGGCCGAAGGUGUUCACAUUGGCCAAGAUGACAUGGAUUGUGCCCAGGCCAGAAAAAUUCUGGGACCUGAUGCGAUCAUAGGAGUUACAGCCUCGUCAGUGGACGAAGCUGCGAAAGCCAUCCAAGACGGUGCCAAUUAUCUGGGAAUUGGCACGACCUUCGCCACCCCAACAAAGACCGACACAAAAUCAAUUAUUGGCACUCGGGGCCUUCGGCAAAUUCUGUCUUCUUGCUCAACAGGAACAGAGAAAUCGGUUCCUUGUGUGGCAAUCGGAAGUAUAAACGCUUCCAACGUCCAGCGAGUGUUGCAUCAAUCUGCAUAUGGUUCCAACCGACUCAAUGGUGUUGCCGUUGUGAGUGCCAUCAUGGCAUCCACUGAUCCUCAAUCAUCGGCCAGGACAUUGCUCGACUUAAUCAAGUCGACCCCCGAGACAUAUUACACCGCCGUUCCGCCAAGCGAGACGCCUGUUACCGACCUGGAAAGCCUGAAGGUUCAAAUUCCCAGCAUCAUCAAAUCACAUUUUUCAUCCUCGGUGAUCUGUCACAAUAUGACGAACACGGUCGUUCAGAACUUUGUCGCGAAUGUUUGUCUGGCUUCUGGCUCGUCACCCAUCAUGUCCGAGAACGGCGCAGAAGCCUCUGACUUGGCUCAACUCGGCGGCACCCUUGUGAUCAACAUGGGCACUGCAACGGCAGACAAGGUCAACGCCUUCAUUGCCGGAAUGAAAGCAUAUAAUGCGGCCGGGGCGCCCAUUGUGUUCGACCCUGUUGGUGGUGGCGCAACGGCUUUCCGUCGGGAUACUGUGAAAAAGCUCCUCUCCUCAGGCUUCUUCAGUGUUAUCAAAGGAAACGAAGGCGAAAUCGGCUCUGUAGCUGGCACGUCCACCACGCAGCAAAGGGGUGUAGAGUCGGGCCCCUCCGUCUCCUCGGCAGAUGAAAAAGCUCAACUCGUCCAAACCCUUGCACAGCGCGAAAAUUGCGUCGUUCUCAUGACGGGCAAGACGGACUAUCUUUCCGACGGGGCGCGCACCGUGACAAUUAGCAAUGGGUCGCCUCUGCUCGGGAAAAUCACAGGUUCGGGCUGUGCUUUAGGGGCUGUGGUGGCCAGCUACCUCGCUUUGCACCGAGAAGAUAAGCUUCUCGCUGCACUGUCGGGAGUUCUACACUUUGAGAUUGCAGCCGAGCGUGCAGAGGCCAGAGCUGAUUGUAGAGGGCCCGGCAGUUUCAUUCCGGCGUUUUUGGACGAGUUGUAUUUGCUCGGUGAGGAAAUCAAGAAGGACGAAUUGAGUCCUAAGGACUUUGCGGCGCUUACCAAGGUCGAGCUCAUCAUGGCUGCUUGA